AUGAAUUUCUCCACGAAACGCAAGCUGCCAAGAUCCUUCGGAUGCCUUAUCGUGGGUUUUCUCACUCUCCUUUCUUGUGAGUAUUGCGCCGUGCGGAGCCCUCCGGGCUGGUGGAAAGCCGGACGUGCUCGGAAACGGCUGGGAAGCGUCGCAGAAGCCGAGCUCCUCUCGCACUUGGCAGUUCUUCUGCUGCCGGAGGAGCCGAUUCGCGAACUAUUCCGAGAUUUCCCUGCGGAGCGGAACGAAGGAUGGAGUCGCAAUACUUUGAGCCCGGAUUUGGCGGUGUAUGGUGCCCUGCAGGCACAAGAGGCGGCUUUGUUCUUGGAGUAUGACGGUUAUUGUCGCCACCUUAAGCCUCGUGGCAUCCUUGCUGAUACUCGCAAGAGCCAAGCGCUGCUCGACGCUUCACCUGCCGGAUCGUACGUCUUACGUAUAGCUCAUGCGCAUCGGGGAUUGCAGUGUUCAUGUGAGAUGGGGGAAGUUGUGAUUGAGUCGUGGCAGAUGGGACGGGAGUGCUCAUUGGUCAAGGCACUUCGUCAAAUCGUUGAGUUCCUAUUGACGCUGCAGGGUAGCAAAUUGCAGCCUCGUCUGAAAUCAAGGUUGCAACAGUUUAUGGAUGAUCCCGUCGGCACCUCCCGGGUGGCAGCAGCUGAAUUUACGGACCAAGUAGCAACAGAGCGCGACAGCGACUUCGACCCGGCGCAUCUGCACGAGUUUUUGCAGUUGCAGCUGGGUUUGUCGCCUUCCUAG